AUGCAUCAAGGUAGCAUAGCCGUGCUGAUAUUCUUAAUUACCGGGGUACUCUCUGCUCCCACAGACAGUGUGGAUGAGUCUUCAAAAAAGAAAAUUGAAGAUGCAAUGCAUUCCAAUGAUAUACAAGAUUCAAUGUCUCCUUCAAAGAUCCCUGAAGAUUCUCUCACUAAAAAGAAUUCGGUUCAGCCAUUGGAAACCUCAAAUGAGAAAGGAGAUUCUACAAUAUUGAAGGAAACUGCUUUGAAACCAGUUCUCAAUGAUGAUAGUUCUAUUGUAAAGAAAACAAAUAGUGAUGUUGAGUCUGAAAUACCAGCAUCAAAGCAAGACGGAAAAAAUGAUAUUUCUGAAAGUGUAGACGUCCACAUCGACAAUGAAAUGCUGGAUAAACUCAAAGAACUUACUUUGAAAGCUGAAUCCAUUAAACCCAUUUCUCAGAAUGAGAACAAACCAACAACUCGUCUUGAAACACAGCUUCAUCAGCCUGCGGUGUCUCGGGUAAUAGGAAAUCUCAUUUACGAAGUGAUUCAGGCUCCUAUUUUUCUUCUUCGGGCAUUUAAGGACUUGGUUGGAAACAUGCUCGGAAUAAAGCAGUCAGCAAUCAAUGCAACUGUUUUGACGUCCUCUACUCCACAAUAG